AUCAUCAGUUUACUACCGUAUUCCGAACCAACAAAACAAAAUGAAGGCUUUCAUCGUUCUGGUUGCCCUGGCUCUGGCCGCUCCCGCUUUCGGUCGCACCAUGGAUCGUUGCUCCCUGGCCCGCGAGAUGUCCGACCUGGGCGUCCCCCGCGAUCAGCUGGCCCGCUGGACCUGCAUUGCCGAGCACGAGAGCUCCUACCGCACCGGAGUGGUCGGACCCGAGAACUACAACGGCUCCAACGACUACGGCAUCUUCCAGAUCAACGACUACUACUGGUGCGCUCCCCCCAGCGGUCGCUUCUCCUACAACGAGUGCGGCCUGAGCUGCAACUCCCUGUUGACCGACAACAUCGAGCACUCCGUGCGUUGCGCCCAGAAGGUCCUCUCCCAGCAGGGAUGGUCCGCUUGGUCCACCUGGAAGUACUGCGACGGCUCCCUGCCCUCCAUCAACGACUGCUUCUAAGCUCUGAUUCCGACCCCUGAAUAAAAUGAUUGCAUAAAACGAG